GGCCAUUCAGCAUUGAAUCCGCCAAUUCCCAAUUCAGUCGUUCAUCGACACUCGAAGUGUUGACUACUGUUGCUCCGUCAUUUGCACGCGUUUUAAAUAAUUUUCAUUGGUUUUUAAUUCCCCGCAUUAGACGUGACAUAAAACCGUGCAAUUAUUCAUCAACUCGGGGUGAUACUGCCGACGUGGGCACAAAUAUUGUUGAAAAAUUAGUUUUUGCUGAAAUUUACUCCGCAGAACUUACGCUCCCGGCGCGAUAGGUUAGGAGAACACAAAUAAAACAUUCGAAAUACAGCAGUUGAAUUUGAGGAAAAUGUGAAGUGUUCUUGUUUGUAACUGAAGAUACUAGAUAAAAGAUUUUUUAUUACCCUCGGGGAUUUUUAAACUCUCUCGGAGUGACUGCGAAAUAUGUGACAGUGAUUUAAUUUUAAUUUAGCGGAGAAACAAUUAUUAAUGAAUAGUAAUAUGAAGAGAACGAUGGCACUGUUGAGAAGUGAUACCAGGUGGUUGUUCGUUAUCUCGUUAAUCACCGGCUUCUGUCUAGUCGCCGGGGGGCCACCCCCCGUUCGUGAUAAUGAACUCGAGGAGUACUGUUCAGCACACAAAUUUGAUAAUCUUCCUGGCGGCCUGAGGUUUACAAAGGAAGUUGUCACGACUGAGUACGCCAAUGUUGGAGCAUUCAAGGCAAUUCACUGUUGUCUCAGGGGAUACCGCAGCAUUGAAUGGUAUAAAGAUGACAGAGCGUAUCCGUGGCCAGGAGCAGUGAGCCACUUUAUUCUGUACCCAGAGAGUGCCAAUCAGACGAUCUAUACACAGGAGGCAAGACACUCGGACGCCGGUAGUUAUUCCUGCAAAGCUCGCAACGACACAGACACACUCAUUGGUGAUAUUAGCCUCAAGAUAGUGGGUGAGUCUCGAGGUGAAGACACUAGUGGUUACACGGGUAAACCAUUGGUGACUUACAAACCAGUAUCACAGCUGGUGCAACUCGGUGGUGCUGCCAGGCUAUUUUGCGAGGCUUAUCUUGGCAAAGUCGAUUUACCGGAUGCAAGGAACUCGGUUACUUGGACUAAAGCUGGCAGUAAUGUCACUGUACCGAGUCGGGGGAGAAUUUCACAGCAUCGGGUCUCCAGGGAAGACGAGCAAAUCAUCGGUUCGUACUUGGAGAUAACAGCGACAACACUGGAGGAUUAUGGCCAGUACGAGUGCAUAGUCAGCAAUGGUGCUGACGACGAGAUGACGCUAUCAGCUCACAUUUAUCUUCAUGAUGAAAGAUACGUUCUUGGAUUGAGAAAUGGAUCGUGGAGGAAGCCACUGAUGCUCGGAGUUGUCUUCUUUGUCCUUGUAGCAUCGAUGAUCGCUUCUUACAUCAGAUGUUGGCUGCCGUUGGCUGUCCUCUGGCGCAACAGGUUUUCACGCCUUGAAGAAAAUGAUGGAAAAGACUGCGAUGCCCUCGUAUGCUAUCAUGAAAAGGAUGCAGUAGUUGGCCUGGGAGUAUUAGUAGCUACGUUGGAGAGUAAAUACCACUUGAAGUGCACGACACUCGAGCUUUCACACUUGAAUCGCAACUGGAGUAUGGAAAUAUCUCCACAUGCAGCAUCAGCUCGUCGGGUAAUAAUUCUCCUCAGUCCAAACUCGAUACAGCAGCCGUGGACAGAGGGCCACGUGGGUUUGGUCCUCAAGCAGAUAAGUCAACUCACCACAAAAUCAAUUGUCGUAUCUCUCACUGAUCUUCCAAGUAUCACCUCAUUCGCCAAGACAGGCAGUUGUGUUGACCCUGCAAGCGAUGGAAUUGUCCUCGACAAAAUGACAAUACUGAGAUGGGACGAGAAGGAGAGGGAAAAUUCGAGUGAUUACAAAUUCUGGUGCAGAUUAAGACUUCUCCUACCUGUGGUGAGACCGUCAUCGAAGAAUUCUGACGAUUUGAGGUGUCAGAGUGUCGCUAUGAUCAUUCAGUCGAAUGGGACAAACUCACUUCAGAUGAAGGCACGAUCCCACGGAAACUUCGAGGUUCUCGUUUAGAAUUAGUAUUAUUUCUUGUUUAUAUCGUAUUACUUGUGAUAUAAGAAUCAUAAUUUUUCUGCGCGUUAAACGUUCGGGCAAUUCAAUUCAUCAAUUCCCAUCGAUUGUCAAUCAAUCAAUUGACAAUUGAGUGGAUAAUUGCAACUCAACAUUCCUCAUUGAAUUUCCUUUAUUUUUAUGUUUCAUUGCUUUGUACAUAUACGUGACUGGGUACGUAAGUUUUGUCGAGUAGCAUACCAUUUAGGAUUUUUUUUUCAACCUCUAAUUUAUUCAACUAGGUGAUAUUUUUUAUGUUAACAAACUAUUUUAGAUUAGUUGUAUUAAGCCAAAAAGAAAACCACAUUUAAAUUUUUUUAGUUCUGUAGUGGAGUGCAAUAAGAUGAAGCGCUACAUUUUUUAAACUUUUUUUACGAAGAUAGUGCAAGUAUUCUUGAAUAUACAGGCCUGAUAUCGAAAUAUCGUUGGGAAAAAUUGAUGAUGUCAUUGACGAGUUAAUGGUCAAUUAUAUUCUUACAGUUAUCUGAGGAGAUGUUUUUUCGUGAAGAAAAACAUUUCUUGGGAGUGCUCUGAAAAUUAUAAGAAUUUAUUGAAUUGUUCUGGUGAAAAUCACAAUUUUUUUUCUCAUUAUGGGAAUUCGGUGGUGAAGGGGUAAAUCGUGAUGAUUUUGUCAUUUUCUUAUGUUUGUUCAGUGGUUCUUGAUCUAAAAAAGGGGAUUUCGAGGGAAAAUAUCGGGACAUCUUUCUUCUGAGGUUGAUGUUUACGUAAAAUAAUCUCUUGACAUUCGUCUACAACUUCACAUGAUGAAAAAAAAAAAAUUUAAUUUAACAAUAAAAAAAUAAAAUGGUUAUUACGUUUUACCAAUUCUCUACUCAACCAAUAUUGUUUAUUUUACUUCAUUACGAAUAAAUUUUAAGUGGUGAAGUGGUAAAUCGUGAUGAGCUUGUCGUUUUUUUUUGUUUGUUAAUUAGUUCUUGAUCUAAAAACGGUGAUUUCAGGGGAAAAUGUUGUGAAAUCUUUCUUGCGUGUUAGAUGUUGACAAAAAACAAUCUCUUGAAAUUUGCCUAUAACUUCACAUCAUCAAUAAAAUUGAAUAUUUUAUUUUAACAAUAAUAUAACAAUAAAAAAAUGAAACGGUUGUUACGUUUUAUCAAUUCUCCAUUGAACAAAUAUUGCUUAUUUUACAUUAUUACGAAUUUAAAUUUCAAAUGGUGAAGUGAUAAAUCGUAAUGAGUUUGUCAUUUUUUUGUUUGUUAAUUGAUUCUUGAUCUAAAAAAGAUGUUUUCAAGGGAAAACAUCGAGACAUCUUUCUCGUAAGAUCGAUGUUCACAUAAAAUCAUCUCUUGACAUUCGUCUAUAACUUCACAUUAUCAGAAAAAUCAAGUAUUUUAUUUUAACAAUAAAAAAAUGAAAUGAUUGUUACGUUUUACCAAUUCCCCGUUGCAACAAUAUUUCUUAUUUUACUUUAUUACGAAUUUAAAUUUUGAAUGGUGAAGUGGUAAAUCGUAAUGAGUUUGUCAUUUUUUUGUUUGUUAAUUGAUUCUUGAUCAAAAAAAGAUGUUUUCAAGGGAAAAUAUCGAGACAUCUUUCUCGUAAGAUCGAUGUUCACGUAAAAUCAUCUCUUGACAUUCGUCUAUAACUUCACAUCAUCAGAGAAAUAAAAUAUUUUAUUUUACCAAUGAAAAAAUAAAACGAUUGUUACGUUUUACCAAUUACCCAUCGCAACAAUAUUUCUUAUUUUACUUCAUACGAAUUUAAAUUUUCUAGAACAUUCGAAUAAUUCUUAUUUUCCGUUGAAAAAUUUACAAAUAUAUUUUUUUCAAUGUCAGUAUUACAUUGCAUACGUAUGAUUAGUGCCUGCGAUUGCAUUAAACAUGUUGAAAAUAUUUUUCUAACUAACGCCAAGUGUCAAACUCACGAAUAUAAAUACAGGUGGACUAAACAAUUUUACCUGAUUUAUUUUACUCGACAUUCUAGAGUACUAUCUCAAUUGCAUUAUUUGUCGUAAUGAGAGUCGAGUUGGAUGGGUCACGAGUGAAGCGAUUUUAAGUGAAGAAUUUAACAAACGAGUAUUAUAACGGAGUAUGCGCAUUUGUAUCUUGUUUAGGGGAGAAUUUUUUUGUUACUUUUAUACUAUUCACAGGCACUUGUACUCCAGGCAAAAAACGAAUCCUCACAAUUUCGUAAUUCAUUCUGUGUUAUCCGACUGUUUAUAAUGAUUUUCUCCUUUUUAUGAUGUUCAAAAUAAAAUUUCAUGUUUUUGAUACAGUU